AUGUCUUCUUCUUCUUCUUCUUCUUCUUCUGACAGACUUUUAAAGAUUGUGAUUAUUGGUGAUGUUGGAGUCGGGAAGAGUUCUAUGAUACUUAGGUACACAGAAAAUAAAACAAAAGGUGUAGAAAUCAAUGGUAAAAACAUAAGAUUACAAAUAUGGGAUACAUUGGGACAAGAAAAGUUUGCUCAAAUAACUUCAUCCUUUUACAAAGGAGCAGAUGGAAUUAUUAUUGCAUAUGAUUCAUCAAGUAGAGAUUCAUUUGAAAGAGUUGCAUCUAGAUGGUACCCAGAUACAAAGAGAUUUGCAAGAGAAACGGCACCUUUGGUCAUAGCAGGAUGUAAAAGUGAUCUUGACAAGGCAAUUUCAACAGAGAUGUUGAAUCAAUGGUGCAACCAAAACAGAUGUAUAGGUAUUGAAUGUUCGUCGUUGACUGGUGACGGUAUCGAUGAAAUCUUUUUGGAAAUGACUCGUGUACUCUCUCAACAAAUGGCAUCCAAAGACCCCAAAGAAAACACUCCUCCCAAGGACGCAAAAAAGGAGAAAAAGGGUGGGUUCAGAAGCUUCUUUGGUGGCAAUAGCAAUAGUACAAAUAAUAACGCUGCCCCUAGCAGUUUGGGUAAUGGUACAGCCAGUAUCUCGUAUGUUCCAAGUCAAUCAAUGUCUCAUACAGCUGUUGCCAAUACUGGUGGUGCUAUUCUUGGUGGUAGUUUAAAUACAAAUAGUUCGAGUAGUAGUAGUAGUGGAGGUGGAGGUGGAGGUGGAUCAAGUAAAUCAUUUAUGAAUAGUUCUGGUGGAAAUAAUAGCAGUAGUAAUAAUGGUGGAUUAUCAAAUAGUACAGGUGGAGGACAAUUAAAUGGAUCGGUCAUGAUGAAUCACUACACAUUGUCAACAACCAAUUUGAGUUAUUCGGUUGGAGGUGUUGGCAUGAGUGGUAGUAAUAGUAGUAAUAGUUUAACUCAGAGUUUGAAUGAACUCUCUCAAUCAACUUCAUCUGCAUCGUCCAACAACCAAACCAAUACGACUACUACUACAAGUAAAUUAAAAGGAAAGUUAAAAAUGGGAAAAGGUGGAUCUCCUUCUGUAGACAAGAAAAAUAGUAGUAACAACAACAGUUCUGGUUCUGCGUCAACACCUGCAUCUCCAGCAGCUGCACCCUCUACACCACCAGUUACUCAACAACAAUUUAUAAAGAGAAGAAAUGCUAUUCUCCAAAUCCCUCUUCCAACCUCCCCACCUCCCAAAAAUCAAAAUAGUUUACGUUUAGCAUUUAGUAAUUUUAAUCAACCAAAUAGCAGUAGUGGUAGUAGUAAUAGUAAUAGUACUACACCAAAUUUGUCAUCUACAACGACUACUACAACUACUACAACUACAACAACUACAACUACUACUACAACUACUAAUAAUCAAAAUCAAAAUAAUUCAAAUUCAAAUACACCAACACUUAAUCCAACCAAUUCAACUAACCCAACUAUAUAUAAUAACUAUUUAUUAUCAAACAAUACUAGUCCAAUUAAUACAACACCAAUGAAUCAAAGUCAAAAUGUAUUAUUGAGAUCAAGUUUGACCAAUGUACCAAAUCAACCAAACCAAUCACCAUCACCAUCACCCGUUCCAUUGUCUCUUCAGCAGGAAAGACCAACUGGAUCACCAAGUUUGGGAUCAUCAAGAAUAGGACACCGUCCAACUACGCCAUCCUCUUUAUUGUCUUGUUCUACAUCCUCUUCGUCAUCUCCAUCCUCUUCAUCGUCGGCGGCAUCUGAUACAAAUAGUCAAUCAUCAACACCACCAGAGAGUGCCUAUGCAGAGGCUUAUGGAUAUCAACCUUCUGUAGAUGAUGAUCAACCAAGUCAAUGGCAUAAACAAACAUUGGAAUCACUACCAGAUCUACCCAAGAGCAAUUACAAGAGUUUGGUAGCUAGUACUUCAAACCCAAGCAUUCCAGCUCCAAGUCCACAUAGUAGUGGGUCGUCUAUUCCAACUACUGCUACCAUGUCAUCCAAUCCUAUUCCAAUAUCACAACAAUCUGGUUACUUUAAUGAAUCUCCAUCAUCUUCACCUUCUAGUACUGGUCAAGACAAACAAUUCUCUAAAGCUUUCCCAUCAAAUAUUAGAGAUUCAAGAGGUUCAUCAUUGGAUAGUAAUCCAGGUGGUAAUCUUGUUCAACAUUUUGAAAAUCAAAAUAACAAACCAAAUAUUACAGUCUUGCCAACAACUACUACUACCGCCACCAUUACACCAUUGGUCAGUUCAUCAUCAUCACCAAUCAUGAUGAAUCAUCCAUCAAUGGAUAAUUAUUUAGCAGUACCAAGAGGAUUAUUAAAGAGUCCACAUCCAGCAACUGAUCAACUCAUCUCGUUAAACAAGAGUAAUGAAAGUGAUGGAUCACAACAACAUCAUCAUCACCAUCAUCCAAAGGUAGUUGGAGGUGGUAUGUCAUUGUCUUCAAAUGCUAUAUUUGUAGCUGCUGCCAACAAUACAACCACUAUUGAUCAUUCUGAUGAAACUGGUUCUAUUGUAGGUUCGAUUAUUGGUUCUUCGGUUGGUAGAGAAGAAAGUUAUAAUUUGGAUGAGGAAUCAAUGGAACAUUUAACCUCUGGAAACGCAGUCCACAUUUCAAAUGAAAUCAACUCUAAAAAUUUUAACAAUACAAUCGAUGUUGUACAUGAAAGAAAUCAAGCUGCCGCUGCUGCAGCUGCUCUUGCUCAAUUGACUGGUGAUAAAGAAAAACUUCAUCAUCAACAAUCACUGGAACAAAAUACAAUUGUUGUACAAUCAGAACAACAACAACAAGAUGAAGAUGAUGAUCCAUAUGAUGAAAAACAUGUAAUCAAAGAUAGUCAUACUCCAUCACCAUUGGUAACUUCUGGUGCCAAACAAGUGACUCCACAACAGACUCUACAACAACAACAAGUGAAUCAAUCUCAACCUCAAAUAACACCAGAUACAGACAAGAUUUUAGAUUUAAAUGAAAGAUUCCAAAAUGUUGUAUUACAAUUUAGAGACAUUCCAUCACUAGAUACCAAUUUAUAUAAUCUCCAAGAGAUUUCUACAGAACUUUUACACAUUUCUCAAGAUUUUAUUCAUACGGUUAAAACCUAUGGUAGAAUCAUCAUUGAAGAGAGAUAUUUACAAGAAAAAACAAUUAGUAGUAAAUCAAUGGGUGGUCAUCUUGGUGGUGAUAAAUAUAUAGUUAGAAAUGUUCUUUUUAAAUUUGCAGGAGGAUCACCACAUGGAGUUUAUGAUGAAUGGGGAGGAGCCAAAGUAGGAGGACAAGAAUUAAAAGGAUGUAUGGCAACAUUGAAUUGUCCAAUCAAUGGAUUAUGUGUACCAUUGAUGGCACUUGUAGAUUUCAUGGGAUUCCGAUUGAUUGCAAUGAGUGUACUUCCCAUUUCAUCGAGUGGUGAUAAACCAACCAUUGUCUAUGGAAGUAGUGAUAUGGGAAGAAAGGUUCAUUCAUCACACGAACAAUCAUUGGAGAUUAUGAAAUCACUCUCUCAGUCGCUCAAUCUAAAGCCACAUUAUGGUGGAACGAUCAUCCCACCAUCGUUGGUCUACUCGGCAACCGAUAUCGAAGGACAUAUUGGCACGGAUGGUAGAUUCUAUUUGAUUGAUUUCUCGCGUACAUUCCCACCAUCCUACCCAGACGACCAAAUCUCUGGUGGUCACUUGUACCAAUUGUUCCGUCCAGAGUUUUUAAAAAACCACACCAAACCUCUUUGCAGCGAUGCCUUUAGUGGCUUUAUCAAGCACGACAAUGAGCGUCAUGUACAUAAUGCCGAGGUAAAAGAAGCUACGCUCCGUCUUUUAACCGAGAUUAUCCCCAAGGUGUCUGGUCGUCUAAAGUGGCUCAUCAAGGAGACGCUAGCCAACAACACCCUUCUCAAAGGUGGUGUUCAUAUCCCCGAACAGUUUCAUCGUCAUGGCAUCAAUAUGAGAUGGAUCGGUCAUAUGAUUGUCUCUGUCGAUGACCGUGAUGCCGGUUUUGUCUUGAUGAUCGAAGCCAUUGCGCGUGUGCUCAAGAAUGAUCUCAGAAGACGUUUCCGUGACACUAUGAAAACAUUUAAACAACCAUUAUCAGCUCCCUACAAUCAAUUGACAACCAACUUUUUAAAUAUGGCAUUUGGUGAUAGUACAAUGCCUGGUUUCAAUUCAGAAGAAUUUUGGGAAGAAAGAGUUAAACAAGAAUUAUAUUCAAAGUUUUAUAUUUAUCAAAUUCCUCUAUUUAUUUCAAAUAACAAAUAUAUUGAUCCAAAUCAAAACGGAAACGGAAAUAAUGGAAAUAAUCAAAAUAUUAAUAAUAAUCAAAAUAAUAAUAAUCAAAAUAAUAAUAGUACUUCUUCUUAUAAUAAUAAUAGUAAUAGUAGUAUGGGUUCACAAACAAGUAAUCUAAGUAUAAGUGGAGCUAUUGGAUUAAUUAAUCAAAAUCAUUUAACCAAUAGUACAAACAAUGUUAAUAAUGGGUCGUCGGGUGUUGUUAAAAAGACGGCAGUACUUACACCUGGAUGGAAGAUUAGAGAUAUAUUGGAGGAUAGAUUGGUCAAUACUGGUGGUAAUGUUGUAUUGGGAAGAGAUUUACUUUUUACAAGAUUACGUGAAAUGGCUCAUCUCAAGUUUCGUAAAAAGACGAUUGAAAAGUUGGCAGAUACAACACUAAAGGUGACAAUGCCAUUUAACAAUUCAGAUCUUAAAAAGAUUGGUGUACGUGUCAAACACACCGAUCUCGUUACCAAUGCCGAAGGUACAUUCUUUUAUGCCAAAGCAAUGGCUGAAGUGUCCAACGGCACUGCUGUCCAUCUCAUGCACAAGGCUCGUAAGAAAUUCGAGUUGGCACUCAUCUCUAAUCCAAACAACAAAGAGACACUCCAACUAUGCGCACAAACCUGGUGCAAGAUUCUAGAAUUUUGUGCCUCUGAAGGAAAGAAUAUUGCCAAUGUCCAAUUCUCCAUGAACGAUCCAUCGGUUGUCAAUACGGAUCGUUACUUUUUGCGUGCUAUUGAUGCCGAUCCAAAGGGACCAGUCAUCUUGUUCUUUUAUGCUCGUUUUUUGGUCAGAUGUAAACGUUAUGAAAAGGCAGAAGAAUAUUUCCUUCGUAGUCUAGAAGUCGAUCCUUUUAGCUAUCGGUCUCUUAUUGCCUAUGCCAAUUUCCUCACUGAAAGAGGUUAUCCCAAUGAAGCUUCUCUCUUUUUACAAAGAGCUCAAGAAUGUAAAAAUAUCAUUGUUGGUGGUUUAAAAUAA